CUGAUAGUUUAGUUUAUCCUUUGCAGACAUCACUAGUAAUAAAGCGUGCGUGAUAAUUUUGUAAUAUUUUGGUUAAUUUUGAUGAAAUUGAGACAUAUACUUGAUAUCUACUAUCGUCUAAUAGUUAUUGAAUUGUGCUAAAUGUGUUAAAUAAUCAGAAUAAUUCAAUGAAAGUGUGACUUCAGCGCGGUCAGAUCGAAUUUUAAAAUGGCGUCGGGCGUUCUUCGCUAGAAUACGUCAUAAAUAGAAGCGAUGCAUGGGCGAUAAAAAUGGCUAUUUAUAGAGUCCCUGCAGUGCUAGCGUUGCAUUAGAAUCUAUUAAGAUGUCAAAUACGGUUAUUACCAACUAUACGGACCUCAAUGGACCUUCUACUAAGGCCGAUAGUUCUGUUGUUGUUAUUGUAAACAAGGAUGGAUCCCUAUCUGUUGAUCAGAAUUUACUUGGUACUCUGAUGGGUACUGAUGGUUCUCAAGCUGCUGGAAUAAGUGUAGUACGAGUGGGUCAUGAAGGCCGACCAGAUGAUGCCACUGAUUCGGAAUCAGAAGAUGAUAAAGUGCCUCAUGUUACAUUAUCUGUGGAUAGUUAUUAUGAUGAACCAAACAGCAUUAUAAAAUAUGACAGUGGAGCUGAGAUGUUACAAUCUUUAAGGAUAGAAACAAGAGAGAACAGUUUGGUUGGUUUCCAAAAUGACCAUUGCUAUACACCAUUCACAUCACCGAGUCAAACAUUACCACAAACAACUGAUAGCUAUACAACAUAUGAUGAACCAGUUAUUGAAAUUACACAUACACCACCACCAAAGCCUGUUUCUAGUUCAAAGAAAAUAACAAUAUUGGAUCAGCAAAUAAUACCUAAAGGUAAAAAGAUUGUCAUAAAUCAAUCUGAAUCACCAGUUAUACUAAAAGGAAAUGAUCUAUUAAAUAAGCCUCUAUUACCUAAAGCAAAGGUCUCAAAUAAUCAAGAAAAGUCUGAGAUAUUACAAAAAUCUGAAGAUACUUCGGAAUCUUCAUCUAUUACUUCUGGUGAAAGCAUACCUGAUAGAGACUCUGAUUCUGAUUACAAAGAGACUAAAGAUAGGAGUGGCUCCAUAAAGGUGAAAAAACCAAAACUAAAACCUAGAAUUCUAAAGUCUAAUAAAGUUGGAAAAUUGGAUUCCAAAGUUGCUACCAGACUCAAGGCUAGUAAAAACAUCUUAAAGAAGGAUGUCAAGGAAAAGAUUCUUAACAAAAGUAUUGUUGACAAAAAACAAACUAACGUUGAUAUAGAAAGUUUAAUCCCUUCAUCAGUAAUAACUUCUUCUGUACCUGUUAUUAGUGAACAAAAUAAACAACUAGUCAAGUCAUCUCAAAAAUCUGUCAAAAAAGAAAAGAAGACCCCAGCUCAUGUUACAGCUUUGUUGUCAGAUAUGACUUCCUUGUUUUCUACACCAGAUGUUAUUAGGAGGGUUUCUACAGAUAACAAACCUUUAAAAUCAGAUCCUAAAGAGUUGACUGGGGAUAAGAAACUUUCUAAUACACAAAAAGCACAAGAAAUUUUAAAUGAAGCGAGGGCAACUGAUAAUUUGAAAUCAUUUCUUGAAUGCAACAUAGAUAAAUCUAAAAGUCUUGCUAUCCCUUCACCAAAAACUUAUACAAGGCAAAAAGAUAAAGUGCCUGAAAAGGUUGGAAAAGGUUAUGAACUCACUGCAACAAUCCCACAACUGGAUGAAGCAAGUUUGGCACAAAUAUUACAAGAUACAUCUGGUAUUACUGCUAAUCCUGUUAAAAUUCAACCUACCAUUUCCACUGUGAAUACUAUGAGUAGUCCAGGUUUGGCGGGGCCUCUGUCACCAACAUUAGAUUUGCUUGGAGGCUUACAACCUGAAGAAGAAGGAUUGACAGAAGAUUUUUUAAUGCACGUAGCACAAUUAGUGGAAAGUUCUGAAAACCUGCAAGAGGUUAUAGACAAACAAGUUUUAGGUAAAGUUGAUCCAACUCUGACUAAACCAGUCGUUCAGCCUACCUUUCAACAAACACCAGGUAAUACUUUGUAUGCUCAAACUCUUACGAAAUCUGCUCAGAAGGCAACCACGCGUAAGGACCCUAUAGAAAUUGUAAGACGUGAUGGCCGUGUUAUCACCUUACCACCUAUAGAAGCGCCUGCAACAAGAUCAUCAAAACGUAAGAUUCAAAUGGAACCAACCAGUGUUGCAGAAGUUAUACCAGCACCAGUACCUAUCCCGGCACCACAAAUAGCUGUAACUCCUGAGCCCCAAGUCCAAGCAGUAUCUAAGCAAUAUACAAACAAGAAAUUAGUGAAUAAAAAGCAAGAAUCACAAAUUGCAGUACAACCACCAAUUGUUGAUAAGGUAUCUGCAGAAUCACAAGAAAGCUGGAAUUCAGAAGAUGAUCCUUACAGGUUAUGGUGUAUCUGUAGGCAACCACAUAAUAAUCGCUUUAUGAUAUGCUGUGACGGCUGUGAGGAUUGGUUCCAUGGUAAAUGUGUUAAUAUCACCAAAGCCAUGGGUCAGCAAAUGGAGGAGCAAGGCAUAGAAUGGAGAUGUCCUAACUGCAUCAAAAAGACAAAGUAUUCACCCAAGACUCUUAAGGCAACACCAGUGCAAAAGAAAAUCGAUCCUGAUACUGUAAGUACACCUCAGAUUGUUACAAAGGAAGCAACUUCUAAGACCAAUUGCAUAGUUUGCAAGAAAUCAGCGAGGGCCUCUAGCAUCUACUGCAGCGACGCGUGCAUACUAAAACACGCUCAGGACUCUUUGGGCAACCAAACUCCCUCUAACAAACCAGAAACAGAAUCCGGUAAACUAUCAGACAAGCAAAAAUCUGAAUCCAGGGUAAUUGUUUAUGAAAGAAAAUCUGGAAGAUUAUUGGCUGGACCAAAUGCUCCUACCGCAGAAAAUUUGAAAACAUGGCUUCAGAAAAAUCCCACUUUCGAAGUUGUGCGUCCUGGUACACUCAGUACCAUCAAACCCAAUCUAGCACCCAAGAAGAGGCCAUCAAAUGAACCUAAUAAAAUUCAAACUACACUUAGCUUUGAAAGAAUACCGAGAAAAUCUAUUGAACAGCCCACUUCUAGUAAAAGUAUUGUAACAGAGUCAAAACCAAAAUCUCAACCGCAGGACGUGAAAGUUAUUAAAACACCACCUGCAUCAAAAACAAAGGCUGUCCCAGAAAUGAAAUUGAAGCUUGUUCAGCAGCCAGAAAGUAAAGUUAAAAGUAAAGCAGAAAACAUUGCUAAAGUCCUACAAUCACCGAAAGAGGAGAUGAAAAUGAUGCCUCAGCCUAGGACUCCAGUGGCGACAAGAUCAAAUCCGAUCCAGCUUAUAGAGUCGCCGAAACCGAGCACAUCUACACCAAAAACAGGGAAUGAAACUCGAAAAUUAGUUCGCUCUACUAGCAGGACUCAGGCAGCCCAUGAAAAAGCACCAUCAGUAUCACCUUCAACUUCACGUCGGAAAGAUUCUCUAGAACCCAGCAAAAUCAAAAUGGACCCCAGUGCAACAAUACGUGACAAUGUUAGGAAAGCAUUACAAGAGCAAUUGGGUAUACGCAUGUCUGAGACCACAGGCGCCAAGUUUACCGAAGCAGAAAUACGACAGUUUUCGAUUGAUACUGAAUUUGAGCUCCACGAGCUUUUCCGCGACGUCGGGAUGAAAUAUAAAGCUAAAUACAGAUCACUCAUGUUUAAUAUAAAGGACAGGAAAAAUCUUUCACUGUGGCAAAAGAUUUGUGAUCGUGCAAUCACACCAAAACAAUUGGUCCGACUAUCUCCAGAAGAGCUUGCAAGUCAAGAAUUAGCUCAAUGGCGAGAUAAAGAAGUAAAACAUCAAUUAGAAUUGAUAAAAAAAUCCGAAUUGGAUAUGUUAGCUGCAAGUAAAACUUAUGUCCUCAAAACACAUAAGGGAGAAGAGGUGAUGGAGACAAAGGAAUCUGUUUCUACAGAACUAGAUCCAAAUGUACCAGUUGAAGAUUUGGUAACAGCUUUAAAUGAUUCCACAGUUGGUGAAGAAAAUAAAGAUGAAAAAUCAGAUGAACUUAAUACAACGGCAGGUAAAAGUGAUACUAAAGAAAAAAAAACUGGCAGCAGUCGCAAGAGGCCAAGGGAAGAUAGCAGUUCAGAGUAUUCUAAAAGAGAAAGGCGUGACUCUAGACGGGACACUGAAAGCAGAAGAUCUAAGUCCUCGAGACGAAAAUCGGACGUGAAGGAGAAGGAAUCUAAAGAAGAGAGGAGAUCGUCUCGAAGACGAAAUAGAGUUUCGAGCAGAGUGAAAUCUGCGUCAAGGGACAGAUCCAGAGAGGCGUCUAAGGAAAAGACUCGGGAACACUCGAGAUAUAGGUCAAGGUCGAGAGUUAAAUCGAAAAGGCGGUCGAAGUCCAGAGAACAUUCGAGAUCGACCUCUCACAGCCGGGACGGAUCUCGGUCCCGGGGCAGGUCCCGACGCCGGUCCACUUCCAUCGUUACUUCGAAACCCAAAAAGAGAUCGCGCUCGAAAGUGCGGUCCAGUACCGAUGAUAAACAUAAGCACAGAUCCAAAUCCCAGGAUAAUGUUUAUACUAAAAAUAAACAUGACUCUACUGACUCUGACUCUAUUGAAAGGCCUAAAUCGGCAAUGUUGAAAGAAAUUCAUCCAGAAUAUGAUCCCCAUGAACCAAUGAUAACGUCUGCUUUAUCAGAAGAAGAUUUAAGAAAAUCUAGAGAAGAUGUUUACGAAGACAAUAAUAAAAGCGAAAUCGCUGAAUAUGAUAAUAAUGAUUAUGAUGCUUCCAAAUCCUUUAUCAUUGAUACUAAUAUAAUAACGUCUCCAAAAUAUGUAGAAAAACAAGCUGAGCCAGAAAGUGACCAAGAACCCAGUAGUACAGUGGACAACUCAGCGGCAAUAGUUUGGAAUGGUUGCAUAAAUAUGGUCGAUGUUGCAAGAUUUUAUGUAGCUGCACAUGAGGUAUCUGGAACUGCUUCAGAUUUGGAAGAAGAUUUAAGUGCCGAACUUGACAUAGUCGGAAGAAUAAACCCAGACACUGUAUGGGAUUACAUUAACAAAAUGAAGAGAGCUGGCAACAAAGAUAUAGUUGUUUUAAAGUUACAGGCUGCCAAUGACGAAGAGAAAAUGCAAUACAUUGCUUUAUAUAGCUAUCUUAGUAGUCGUAAUAGGUUAGGUGUGGUGAAGGUAUUGAAUACAACGUCGGUGAAAGAUUUCUACAUAGUCCCGCUACCGGCGAACACCGCCCUACCUUCAGUUCUUUUCCCUCUGGACGGGCCUGGACUAGGGGAGGUCAAAACCCACUUAUUGAUCGCCAUAGUCAUACGUCAGAGAAAAAAGCGUAUGGCACCUAACAUUCCGAAAGAUACAGUACCAGAAAAGGUGACUCGUUCGUCUCGCAAGCGGUCGUAUACGCCGCCGCCGCUCGCGGCCGCUAGCAAGGUGUCUACAUAUACUCCGCCUUCGUCUCCGCGUCGCCGCGCCCUACCGCUGCCUGCGUACACUUCUCCAGCACUAUCCACCUCGGUCAAGGACAAGAUCGCCGCCUCCUUGGCCGCUGCUGACGACGAAGAGGCGUACAGUCCCGGCUCGUCAAGCAGUAGCGGCAUGUCAACCAACGCGCUUCAACCCGCCUCCAAUACGUUGCGCUCCAAAAUGGAGGAACUCAAUCGACAAAUUGAGGAGCAGAAACAGCAAAUACUUAAAAUGGCACAGGCUGACUCUUCGGUUGGGGCAGAGGACGAAGCUUAUUCACCGUCACGCCCUAUGACUCCGCCUGCAGUGGUACCUUUGGCUGACAUUGCUCUCCCAUCUAACUUGCAAGAGAUUCUUGCUACUAUAAAACAAAGGUCUGAACCAACAUCGGAUGUCGACAUGCGUACAUUGCCUUUACCCCCUUAGUCGUAAUAUAGUCUGUUAUGUAGAAUUUAUGUAUAAAAUAAGCACAAUAUUAUUAUAAAUUUCUUUAUAAUGCAUUAUUUCUUUUCUUAAAAUAUUCAUUCAUAAUUAUUGUACAUAAACUAUAGUACAAGCUUAUUUGCAAUGAUUUCAAAAUAGCUCGAACUUUCGUGGACACUGGCUUCAGUUCUUGCAAUGAUCUCGUUAUUUCAACUUGUUCAAAAACAAUCAAUGUAUAGGUAACAUUUUUUGUGCAUUUGUAAUAAUAAACACAUAUUUUAAUUUGUGUAUUAGAUUUCUACUAGAGUAGAGUAAAAUUGUCGUAUGUGUUGUAUUUAGACUUAAGAUCUUAUUUUUAAUUUAUUAUUAGGUGGGCUUAUAAUCAUAAGUAUGACACAUUAUGUAAAUUUGCGAGGCAUACAUUAUGUGCAAUAUGAUAAUGCCAUGGAUGAAAUAAUGAAAAAAAAAUGUGGAAUAAUUACUUGGAUGUAUAUAGGUAGGUUUAAUAAAUGUUUGCAUUAUUCGAAAUCUUGAAUGUGGUGAACAAAGUCUAGAAUUUAUCAAUUUUACUACUUAGUAUAUUUUAUUAUUAAAAAACAGAUUAUAUUUUACUUUCUUUUGGCAUCAAAACAAAACUUAUGAUGAAAUAAAGACAUGUUUAAUGCAUAAUUCAUUUUUAUUUUAUAUACUGUCAUCAUCAUAAAGGGAUCUCCUGGCAUUAGGUCUAUCCUUUAAUGAAAAGGUUUUGGGUGAUUUAAUGAGUUUCCUGAUAACCUCUUCUUUUAAUUUCAAAUUUUUAUGUUUCUUUUGCAUGGCCAUAAUUUUAGUUUCCAUUAAUUUUCUUCUCGGAAUAUGCCUUAAUGCAAAUUCCCAAUCUUUCGUCAAUCUUAAAUCUGCUAGUAUAGGUACCAUAUGAUUUAUAUUUAAAUUCUUUUUAGAACCUGGGGCCCAUUCCAAGUAACGGUCAAGUGGUAAUUUAGCCAUUUUAAUACCAUCCUUUUUCGCUUUAGCUAAUGAAAGUGGUUCGUUGUUAAUCUUGUCUACCAUACACCCAAUAAUAUAGAUAUUGUCAUAGUCAAAUGUAGUCAAUUCUUCACGACAAUGAGGAGUAAGAUAAACUAGUUUGUUCUUUGGAAAUAGGUCUAAAUAACUUUGACUAUGAAUAUUAAGGGGAAACCAAGAUUCAUCUAUAGGAGGAAUAUUUUUUCUUAAAUGCUUCAUAAAUUCUCCUUUAUCAUUAACAUUACACAAAUGAAUAUCGAAAGGAUCUUUGUGUAUUUUAUUAUCUGCAAAAACAAAUGUCAUCUGCUUUGCAGCAUUUACUGUUUCACGAUAUACCAUGUGUUCUUCAUAUGAGCAAUCAAUAACUACUUUUUGACCAUGUAGAAUAGCCUGUAAUGUCCUGUAGUAAUCAAAAUUAUUUAUAGACUGAUCUCUAAUUCUAAGGAAUAAUGACUGAUGCUGUAGACCAUACAGAAUGUCAUCAGGGUAUUCUUUAUUUUCUUCAGGUUUAAAGAAUUCAAAUUCUUUCCUUCUAGCUUCUUUUUUUGCCUUUUGAUUUUCUCUUGAUCUUUCUGUUUUCCAUAAAUAUAAGAGAUAGUUGCACCUUUGGUUUCUGCUUGCCAAAGACAUUAGAUGUUCCCACUGACUACUAUUUAACAAAGCAGGUGCGCAACGACCAUCCUGUCUCAUUACUUCGACUUCAAGCAUUAGUAUCCUUAGCUUCUUUUCUAUUUCCGGGUCGUUAUUACAAAUUUCUUUAAUUAUUUUGUCUGACUCAUCCUCUGAUUUAGCAAGAUUUCCAAAGGGUCUAUAGAAAUUGUGGACAUUGGUAAGAACAGUUCUUAUAUUCUGGAAAAUGACUGGGCUUCGACCUUUAUUCACAAGAAAUAAAGCAGAUUUAAUACAAUACAUUAUUACAAAUCUUAUGGAUUAUUUGUUUGCGAUUUACAAACAACAUUGAAGAUUGUUAAGUUAUGAGGCGAUCACAGACUAUUACUUAGGCACUUUGCAGACGACGGGGCGGGGCGGGCCGGUCAAUCAAUUUCGCCGCGGAGUGCGCGCCAGAUUAGG